UGGUCUCAGCAGCCAGAUCCCCAUGCUAACCUCAUGACCAGAAAAGAGAAGGACUGGGUGAUAAAAGUACAGAUGGUGCAGCUGCAGAGUAUAAAGCCCCAACUGGAUGACUACUACUACCAGAAAUAUUACCAGCAGCUAGAAAAGAAGUAGGCAGAUGAAGAGCUACUUGGACAAAGAAACUGGGUUGAGUCCCUCAGCCUGGUAAUGCCUUACAUUCAGAAGGCAGAGUCUUAUGAGUCAGUGGUCCAAAUCGAGGGUUCCCUGGGCCAGAUAGUUGUGUCAAUGUGUUUCAGCCCUCACCGAGCUAUUGAUGCUGUACCUCAUGGAACUCAAUAGCAGGAUAUAGGAGUUGCAAGCAGUCAGAGGCUUGUGGUAUUAUACUGGAUUGAGAAGAUGUGCCGUCAGUUACUAGAAAUAGAGGAAGGCUGCAAGAAUAGGCCUCCACAGCCCUGCUUUUCUGAGAAGCAAAGCAACCAGGUUGAGAAGCUCUUCCAGACCUUAAAGACCCAGGAGCAGAACAAUGUGGAGGAGGCAGCAGAUGGCCUCCUGCAGGUGCUCUCUGUGAGGAAGGGCAAGGCCCUGGUGGCCCAGCUGCUCCCCUUCCUGCCCCAGGAUCAGGCUGUUACCAUUCUAUUGGCUAUCACCCACCAUCUCCCCUUCCUGGUCCGGAGGGAUGUGGCUGAUCAGAUCCUACAAAUGUUGUUCAAACCUCUGGGCAACUAUAUCAGUCACCUGACCCUCCAUGAACUCCUCCAAGGACUUCAGAGACUAAUGCUGUUACCACCUGGCUCCUCAGAGCAGACAGUCACCAUGGUGCUUCAGAAUCGGUUUGGAAUAUCUUUGUUCUAUGCCCUGCUGAGUCAUGGGGAGCAGCUGGUAUCACUGAAUUCUUCCCUAGAGGAACCCAACACUGACUGUACAUCUUGGACAGACAGGGUGGUUCUGAUUGCCUGGGAGAUAGCCCAGAUGCCUGCAGCCUCUCUGGCAGAACCCCUGGCCUUCCCCAGCAACCUACUUCCCCUGUUCAGUCACCAUGUGGACAAACAAUUGUUUCAGCAGCUGGAGGUCAGGAGGGAGUUUGCCUGGAUCUGCUGAUCUGUUUGUUCUGGAAUACAUAUAUCUUGGAAGUUGAAUCAUCAGACACUGGCUGCAUAGACUUUGUUUACAUG